GACACUGUUUGUUACAUUGAAGCAAUAUGUGUCUCCUCAGGCAGAUAAGCAUAAUUGGUGGAUUUAUAAAGCCGCCUUCUCAUUAAGCCAUGACCAAUUUCUCUCCAGUCAAAUUUCCUCUGCUUCCUCCCUCCUUCCUCCUCCUCCUCUCUCUAUAAACUCCACUAUUCAACCAAUCCCUCACCUGCACAAUCCAUACAAAUUCGUCACCCUCCUUUCAAUGGAAAUGGAAGUGGUGGCGCCAGUGCCGCCGGUAGAGUUCAACUUUGAUAGUACUUGUUCUUCUCCUUACACGACUGCCCCUUCCAGUCCUCAGAGAUUUGGCAACUUCUUCUUCAGUGCCCCUGCUAGCCCCACUCGUGUUUCAUCUUUCUACCGGGAGCUUAAUGAUGUUUCUCUUGUCACUAAUUCUUCUUCUUCCAUUCCUUUUGAUUGGGAAGCGAAGCCUGGAACUCCCAAAUCAAGAAAUGGAAGUGAAGGUAAUUUCAGCCGCAAGAAUGGUCAUAGUCAUCAAGAUUUUGAUGAUGAUGGUGAUUUUGAGUUCAGUUUUAGUGGUCAGUUAGACAGGACUUCUUUAUCUGCUGAUGAGCUCUUCGAUGGAGGCAAGAUCCGGCCCUUGAAGCCACCACCUGGUUAUGAUUCUUCAGUUUCUUCUCCCAGGUCACCAAGAUCAAGAACUAAACAGAAGAAAGAUUUUGACCCUUUUCAAGCUGCCAUAGAAGAAACAAGAAGAAGUGAAGCUAAACAGCAACAAAAUCAGGAACAAAAACAACAGCAACAAAGAAAGCAUGCAUCACAGCAACGUGGAAGAGAAAGAACCCUCCCAGGUUCUUCUUCUUCAGCUUCCAAGUCUUCCAAUUAUGUGCAUAAAGGAAGCAGAUCUUUGUCUCCUUUAAGAGUCUCCGAUCUCAUGCUCGAUCAAGAAGAGGAGAAUUCCCAGGAUGCGAAAAUAGUCACUCCAACAAGCAGCAAUCCCAAAUCAUCAUCAUCCUCCACCUCCUCAUAUGCUUCUUCUUUCUUGUCGGCGAUAUCAUUUUCAUCGAAAGGUUGCAAGAAAUGGAAAUUCAAGGAUUUCUUGCUUUUCAGAAGUGCAUCAGAGGGAAGAGCAACAGGAAAAGACCCACUGACAAAAUAUGCAGUCUUGUCCAAAAAGGAGGUAGCAGAGGACGUCAAGAAUGCCAGUUUUCGAUCCACAGAUGGCAGUGUGGGUGGCUCCUCCAGGAGAAGAGCUCCUGUAUCGGCUCACGAAUUACACUACACGGUGAACAGAGCAGUUUCAGAGGAGAUGAAAAGGAAAACCUUUUUGCCUUACAAGCAAGGGCUAUUCGGUUGCUUGGGGUUCAGCCCUGGCGUGCAUGAGAUUUCCAGAGGUGUUGGGUCUUUGACACGUGGAUGAAUCAGAUCCCUCUCGAUCUGUUUCUAUUCUUCAAGCAUAUAGCUGUUUCUUAUUCUUUUUACUUUUCUUUUAUUCAUGAUUUUGAACUUUAAUGGUUAUCUUGAUAUAUUUGUUGCUUACAGUACAUAAAAAUGGUGUCACCAUCCAUAUGAAAAAUAGACACAAUUGUAUUAAAUACAUAAUCAAUAAGAAAAAAAAAAAAAAAAGUGGGCAUAAUGUGGUA